UUCGAACAGCGAGAGACGAGCUGAAAAACCAAGGAAAUAAACAGUGCUCAAAGUGGAAGAUAAUUCACCAGGGACGCGGCUCAAAAGGACCAAGCAAAGGAUUAUAGUUCAAAGUGAUCAAUUCGUUGUGCGAAUAAAAUAAAAAACACGUUAAUGAAAUACAGAAACAAUCGUGGCACAAUAUUGCAAAUACAAUUCAGAACAUUUCUAAGAUACGGUUUUCCGUGCUUAAAGCCAUUUGAGAGCUAAGCCAAACCGACAGUCGAAGGAUCUUGAACUUAACGAGUUGGAAAUCACUUAACCAAGUCAGCACACACAUCGCCGCGAGGAAAGUCGGCUGGCGAAGGCACCUGCGCCCGGACAUCGAAUUCCCGUACCUCAUCCUAGAGAGCAUUUCCCGGACUCAGGAUGUUCGCCACUCAGGAUACCAUUUUGAAGCUGCUGACCCUGUGCGCCCUGGCACAUUCUAUAACCGCACUGGCCCUUUCGGAGAAGUCCCCCUCGCCAGGAUCCACUCCCCUGGAUCCCAGUCACAAGUAUCUGAUAGUGCGCGGGGAGUCCCCGAGCAGCUCCCAGGAGCAUGUGGAGUUCGACAAUGCGGCCACCCUGCUGCUGAGGGCCUUCAAGAACCAACAGGUGCCCGAAACUCCAGGCGACCUCGAGGAGUGCAGUGCCCCCAGCCACAAGGCCACCUUCUCGGGCUAUGACUAUGUGAUCCUGCUGGGCAUGCUGGUCAUCUCGCUGGGCAUCGGCAUCUUCUACGGCUUCUUCCAGAAGGGCGGCAGCUCCUCCAACGAGUUCCUGCUGGGCUCCGAGAUGAGCAUUUUUCCGGUGACCCUCAGUCUGACGACCAGUUUCAUCACGGCCAUCGAGCUGCUGGGCAAUCCCUCCGAGAUGUACUUCCAGGGCACCCAGUUCGUGCUCAUCGUCAUCCCCAUGGUCCUGGUCAUCCCGGUGGCCGUGAAGAUCUUCUAUCCCAUUUACUUCAAAAUGGAGCUCACCAGUUGCUAUGAGUACCUGGGCAUUCGCUUUGGCAAGGAGAUCAGGAUUCUGGGUGCAGUGCUCUAUGUAAUUCAGAUGUGCUUCUACACCGCGGUGGCUGUUUUGGCCCCGGCAAUUGCCCUCUCCAAGGCCACUGGUCUGGACACCAAAAUAGCCGUGAUCCUGAUCUACGUGGUCUGCGUUUUCUACUCCUCUCAGGGGGGCAUGAAGGCGGUGGUCAUUGCGGAUUCGUUCCAGGCUGCUGUCCUGGCUGUAUCCUUGGUGCUGAUCGUGGGUCUGGGCAGUUUUUACAGUGGCAAUCCCAUUGAGGUCUUUCAGACUGCUGCCAAACACAAUCGUCUGGAGUUCUUCAACAUGGACCCCAGUCCCACCACCCGUCACACCGUCUGGUCGGUGGUCAUUGGAGGUUUCUUCUACUGGACCUCGCUGUUCUGCACCAACCAGGCCUCUGUUCAGAAGUGCAUGUCCUUGAAGUCCUUAAGGCUGGCCAAGAUUGCCCUGGGCUUUGCCAUCAUAGGCUUGAUCGCCGUGUUCCUUCUAAACUUUUACACGGGCCUGAUGGUCUUCACCCACUACGCGGACUGUGAUCCUCUGACGGCGGGCAGGAUCUCGGCCACGGAUCAGUUGUUGCCCUACUAUGUGAUCAAUACCUACGAGCAUAUUUACUCUGUGGCGGGAAUCUUUGUGGCCGGCAUCUUUGCGGCCAGUUUGGGAACUGUGGCCUCUGCCUUGAACUCCCUGUCCGCCGUGACCUGCGAGGAUCUGCUGGUCAAUGGAAUGAACAUCAAGAUCUCCCCCGAGAAGGGAGCCACCUAUGCCAAGUGGAUGUCCCUCGGCUUUGGCAUUGCCUCCUUUGGCCUGGUCUUCAUCGUGGAGCACUUGGGUGGAGUGCUGCAGGCCACCUUGACCCUGAAUGGACUGAUUGGAGGUGUCACCUUGGGGCUCUUCGUCCUGGGCAUCGCCUGCAAACAGGCCAAUACCAAGGGAGCUUUCUACGGAGGAUUACUAUCCCUGGCCCUGGUCAUUUUCGUGGGCGUGGUGGCGCAAAUAGUCAGCGUGGAACAGCCUGCGUUGCCCACCUCCAUCGAAAAUUGCGAUUGUCAUGUCAACCUGACCAACAUCAUUGGAAACCUGCUAACAGAACCUGUGCAGGUCAUUGAGGAGGGAGGAUUCACAUCUUGGCCCAUUUUCCGACUAAGCUACAUGUGGUACAGCAUGAUCGGCUGCCUGCUCACGGUUUUCCUGGGCUGGUUAAUUUCCCUGAUCAUCGACUUCGUGCAGCGCCGCAAUGUGCUGAGGAUCACCGGCAAGGGCAUCGAUAACCCCGCCGCCGCCGAGGAGAUCUUCAAGAGCGACUCGCAGGUGCAGUACACCACCACGACCACGGUGAUGCCCGAUCCGCGAGAGACUACAAGUGCCGAGGGCCAUGUGAACCAUGCCAUUCGCAUCGACGACGAAUAGAACUCGAACCAAAAACUCGAAUUCUGGCGGGGAUCGAACCUCCCCACCGGUUUAUUCCUUGUGUAACCUGUAACCUCCAUGUACAAAGACCAGUCGCAAUCUGUUAACUGUCCUAGUUUAGUCGAAAGAGUGAUUUCUAGUUCUUAAGUCCAAAAGCCGAGGUUCUUGGCUCAGUAUUCUGUACACACACACACACUUACUAAUGUUACUACGAAUGAAUUUAUCUAUAGUUUGUUUUAAGGCAUCAAAUAAAACCUAUAUAUUCCUGAACAGCUUUUGCAGCUGAAAUGUUAA